ACGUACAUUUGCCAGCAACUCCACUGCAGGAGGAGUGUUGACGGUCCCUCCGGGGGCAGAGCUCCCGUCUUGGCUGAGGGAGAUGUGGCCGAGUUGGAGGACUGGGCUAAGCAGCCCUCAGCAAGGGCAGCAAAAGCAGAGCAAGACCCAUGUUGACCCUACUGGGGGUGCAGCUGCCCAGAGCUCCUCACCUAUGCCUGCUGCUUCUUGUGGCCUUGCCAGCGACACACGUGCUGCACGCUGCCCUAAAACACAGUGUCAGGUGGCGAGAGCCAACAGGCAGCACCGUGGGGAUGCCCAGCCGGCAGUUGCAGGGUGGCCACACCUCUGGGCCUGAGCUCUGCUGGGUAUGCAGCUGGAGGAGCCUCAAGGUGCUGCCACAGCCCCUGCACAGCAGUGCUCCCUGGCCACUCUGCAGCACAGAGGCCACUGCGAAGGGAAGGGGUGGCAGGACAGGGACCGGGCCUCAGCCAGGCAGGCGGUGCCAGGGAGGACACCAGCACUUUGUCCCAGCAGCAGCAGCACUUUCCCCAGGCUCCGUUUUGGCCCUGACCCAGCCAGCCUCAGGUCUGCACAGCAGCCCAGCCUGCUCGCUCAGGCCAGGGCUUUGCUUUGCAGAGGCACAGGGGUGGGAGAAGGGAAGAAGGGAGAAGCUGUCAGCCGGGCCAGGGUGGGAGCGCACCUCCCAGAGCAAGGGCCAGGCUGGCAGAGGAAGACGCGUGGGGCCUCCUGCCGCUCUCUGCACUCCACAAGUGACACGUCUCUUUGCUGUGUUUGCUUUGCAGAAUGAGCGUCCCGGAGCCUUUCAGUUUAUCAGACUUGCCAUACAGAGCAACUGGGGCAAGUCGGGCAACACCUGCAUUUAUCGAGUGCAGGUUCAUGGGAAGCGAAGAAAAGUGGUCAAGAACAGCAUGCAACUUUUGGACAAAAUGAGUGAAAAGUUUCCUCAACAAUGUCUAAGAGAGAAAACGUCCUUCAGAUUUCCUAACCAGGUUCUAAAGCCCAGACAGAAAGAGACUGUCAAAGUGGCCAUUGAAGAGAUCUUCCAAAAUAUCUUCUACAUCUUUAGCAAGAAUCUGACUCUAGCUGCUUGGGAUGAGACAGCUUUAGGACAGUUCCAAAAUGGACUUUAUCAGCAAAUUGAGCAAUUGGAGGCAUGUGUAAUCAAGAAGCAGACCCUGCAUUUUUGGAGUAAAGACCCCAACAGGCUGAAACUGAAGAAGUACUUCAAAGAAAUAGACUGUUUUCUUAAAGACAAACAGUACAGCCUGUGCUCCUGGGAAAUAAGCCGUGCAGAAAUGAGAAGGUGUCUUCAGUUGGUUGAUAAAGUUGUAAGGAAGCUCAACAACUAAGGUGUACAUACUCUACCCACUAUCAUUCAUGGAUGCAAGCUAAAGAAGUGACAAGAGACACAGGUAUCGAGCCUGAAGCUGAAAUAGCAGAAAUAAAGCCAGCUAAGAACUUCACUGUGGUCCAGAACAACAGAAAAGACCAAAGAAGCAGAGCAAAGAAUAAGAGCCAUUUUUCCACCUGGUGACACCCUGCCACAAAUGUUAAAACAAAAUGUACAUUUCUUGGGCUUUGUAAUGAACAGCACUUGAAAUGGCCCCACUGCAAGACUUUUUCAGUAUUAUUUCUGCUGCUUGUUUGGUUCUUUUUACACC